UUUAGUCCCCACCCCGCAGCCUCCCCUCGGCAGGCAGCCGCGGGAGCCGCCGCGCUCAUUCUCCUCCCUCUCUCUCCCUCUCCCCGCCAGCCCGGGGUGUCCGCGGCGGCGGGAGGCGGAGGCGGCGGCAGGGGAGAGGCUGAGGCGAGGCUGAGGCGGUCGCCGGGCUGCCGGGGCCGCCCGGGAGGUCCCCGCGCCCCCAGCCGCACGCCCCCCGCUGCCACAGCGGCAGCAGCGGCUCCCCGGCGGAGUUGCUGCCCUCCGGCAGUUCCCGCUCGGGUUUCCAGUGAGGAGGGAGGUGCAGGGGAGAGAGGCGGCUUGCUUCGCAGGGGAUGCUGAGAAAGCCGGUCCCUCCUGUAGCACAUUGCCUAGGCGUUCCUAUUAUGGAAGUUAAGUGAGAAACUCCGCAGCUUGAACUGAUUUGGGGGAGAGAGAGAGAGAGAGAGAAAGGAAAAGGGGUAGGGGGAGGGAGAGAGGCAAGCAAAAUAGCCGAACAGAGCCAAUGGUUUUCCUGCAAAGUGCCGGGAAGUUUGCGGAACACUUUCUAGGAAUCAGGUCCUCUCUCAGAGCCUCUCCUUGUCCUCGGAAGAAAGAGCUGGCCUUUGGAUUGCCAUGGAUCCUAAAGAGGGGCUUAGACACACGUGAAUAAUUCCCCUGCUCGGGCUGGAUUGGGGGGAGUUUAGGAAGGAGCGUGUGUGCAAAGCAGAAGCCUUCGGAGCUCGCUCCCUGCUCUAAUCUGUAUGGAUCUAAAAGUGGCACACUCAAGACCUUCCCAUCUGCAGCUUUUCGCUUCCAGGCUUCCCUUUCCGCUCUAAGUAGCUGCUAGGAAACUGAAAACUUUUGGACCCUGCGUCUCGCUGGCUUUGGAUACUUUUUUUUUCCUUUUUUUUUUUUUUUUUUUUAAUUCUUUUCUUUGGAUCUCUGUGGAAUUGGUCUCGCAAACGAUCGGGAUUGCUUUUAAUAUGUCAAAAUGGGUCUGCUGACGCCACUCCUGCUCGUUGGAUUUGCAUUUUUUCAAGUCUAUGGAUCUCGUCUCCGCCAGGAGGACUUUCCACCUCGGAUUGUUGAGCAUCCUUCAGAUGUGAUAGUUUCUAAAGGAGAACCAACGACCUUGAACUGUAAAGCUGAAGGACGGCCAACUCCCACUAUUGAAUGGUACAAAGAUGGAGAGCGAGUGGAAACUGACAAAGAUGAUCCUCGCUCCCACCGUAUGCUGCUGCCUAGCGGAUCUUUAUUUUUCUUACGAAUUGUGCAUGGACGCAGGAGUAAGCCCGAUGAAGGAAGUUAUGUUUGUGUAGCAAGGAACUAUCUUGGAGAAGCUGUGAGUCGCAACGCAUCUCUGGAAGUGGCAUUGCUACGAGAUGACUUCCGCCAAAACCCUACAGAUGUUGUGGUGGCAGCUGGAGAGCCUGCCAUAUUGGAGUGCCAGCCACCUCGUGGACACCCUGAGCCUACCAUCUACUGGAAGAAGGAUAAAGUCCGCAUUGAUGACAGGGAAGAGCGGAUCAGUAUACGUGGUGGAAAACUAAUGAUCUCCAAUACACGAAAAAGUGAUGCUGGCAUGUACACUUGUGUUGGAACCAACAUGGUGGGGGAGCGAGACAGCGAUCCAGCAGAGCUGACUGUCUUUGAGCGGCCCACGUUUCUCAGGCGGCCGAUUAACCAAGUGGUGCUGGAGGAGGAGGCCGUGGAUUUCCGGUGCCAGGUGCAGGGGGACCCACAGCCGACCGUCCGCUGGAAGAAAGAUGACGCAGACCCGCCGAGAGGAAGGUAUGACAUCAAAGAUGACUACACUUUGCGCAUUAAGAAGGCUAUGAGCACAGAUGAAGGAACCUACACAUGCAUUGCAGAGAAUCGAGUCGGAAAAGUGGAAGCCUCUGCUACCCUUACUGUGCGAGCUCGCCCCGUUGCUCCUCCACAGUUUGUGGUGAGACCACGAGAUCAGAUUGUAGCCCAGGGUCGGACAGUGACUUUUCCUUGUGAAACGAAAGGAAAUCCCCAACCAGCUGUUUUUUGGCAAAAAGAAGGAAGCCAGAAUCUGCUCUUCCCAAACCAGCCUCUCCAACCCAACAGCAGGUAUUCAGUAUCACCAACUGGAGACCUCACUAUUACCAACAUUCAGCGGUCUGAUGCGGGCUACUACAUUUGUCAAGCACUGACGGUUGCUGGAAGCAUUUUAGCAAAGGCUCAGCUGGAGGUGACUGAUGUCUUGACAGAUAGACCUCCACCCAUCAUCCUCCAGGGGCCUGUCAAUCAGACGCUGGCAGUGGAUGGGACAGCUCUGCUGAAGUGCAAGGCUACUGGCGACCCACUUCCCGUUAUCAGCUGGUUAAAAGAAGGCUUUACCUUCCUGGGCAGAGACCCUCGAACGUCCAUACAGGAUCAGGGGACACUUCAGAUUAAAACUCUGCGGCUGUCUGAUACUGGAACUUACACUUGCGUUGCUACAAGUUCAAGUGGGGAGACAUCAUGGAGUGCUGUGCUGGAGGUGACAGAGUCAGGUGGAGCAACAAUCAGUAAAAAUUACGACAUAAACGACCUCCCUGGGCCACCAUCCAAACCUCAAGUCACUGAUGUUACUAAGAACAGUGUCACCCUGUCCUGGCAACCAGGGACCCCUGGAAGCCUACCAGCUAGUGCAUAUAUCAUUGAGGCUUUUAGCCAGUCUGUGAGCAAUAGCUGGCAAACAGUGGCAAACCAUGUGAAGACCACUCUCUACACCGUGAGAGGACUGCGCCCCAAUACAAUCUACCUGUUUAUGGUGAGAGCUAUCAAUUCACAAGGUCUGAGUGAUCCCAGCCCAAUGUCAGAUCCUGUCCGAACACAAGAUAUCAGCCCACCAGCACAAGGUGUGGAUCACAGGCAAGUUCAGAAAGAACUGGGAGACGUCAUUGUACGACUACAUAACCCUGUUGUGCUGACACCCACGACAGUUCAAGUCACCUGGACAGUUGACCGCCAAUCGCAGUUUAUUCAGGGCUACCGAGUAAUGUAUCGCCAAACGUCUGGCCUACCGUCUCCAGCUGUGUGGCAGAAUUUAGAGGUCAAAGUCCCAACAGAGCGCAGUGCUGUUCUAGUCAACCUCAAAAAAGGGGUCACUUAUGAAAUUAAAGUUCGUCCUUAUUUCAAUGAAUUCCAAGGAAUGGACAGUGAAUCAAAGUCUGCUCGUACCACGGAGGAAGCUCCAAGUGCCCCUCCUCAAUCUGUUACUGUCCUGACAGUUGGAAACCACAACAGCACAAGCAUCAGCAUCUCCUGGGAUCCUCCCCCUCCAGAUCACCAAAAUGGAGUCAUCCAGGAGUACAAGAUCUGGUGCCUAGGUAAUGAGACUCGAUUUCAUAUCAACAAAACAGUAGAUGCAGCCAUUCGGUCUGUAGUAAUAGGUGGCCUAUACCCAGGUAUUCAGUACCGUGUGGAAGUUGCUGCAAGCACCAGUGCAGGUGUGGGAGUAAAAAGUGAGCCACAACCCAUAAUAAUUGGAGGUCGUAACGAAGUUGUCAUCACUGAAAAUAACAACAGCAUAACAGAGCAAAUCACUGAUGUUGUCAAACAGCCUGCCUUUAUAGCUGGCAUCGGUGGUGCAUGUUGGGUAAUUCUGAUGGGUUUCAGCAUCUGGUUGUACUGGCGCAGAAAGAAGAGGAAGGGGCUCAGUAAUUAUGCUGUCACUUUCCAAAGAGGAGAUGGAGGACUAAUGAGCAAUGGAAGUCGACCAGGUCUGUUGAAUGCAAGUGACCCCAGUUAUCCUUGGCUUGCAGACUCUUGGCCUGCCACAAGUCUGCCAGUAAACAACAGCACUAGUGGACCCAAUGAUCUUGGCAAUUUCAGUCGUGGAGGGUUCCUGUGCAUCAAUGAUUUGUUUCAUUCCCCUGUGCUCACCACAGAUGUGCUGCCACCAGUUCCAGGGCAAGGAGAUAAAACUGCUACUAUGCUUUCUGAUGGAGCCAUUUACAGCAGCAUUGACUUCACCACAAAAACUAGUUACAACAGUUCCAGCCAAAUAACGCAAGCUACACCAUAUGCCACCACCCAGAUACUGCAUUCCAACAGCAUCCAUGAAUUGGCAGUUGACUUACCUGAUCCUCAGUGGAAGAGCUCAAUUCAGCAGAAAAAUGACCUGAUGGGAUUUGGUUACUCUCUUCCAGACCAAGGCAAAGGCAACAAUGCCUUGCUUUACAUCCCUGACUACCGCGUGGCUGAGGGAUUGGCUAAUAGAUUGCCACACAACCAGUCACAGGAUUUCAGCACCACCAGCUCCCACAACAGCUCCGAAAGGAGUGGCAGCCUCUCAGGUGGCAAAGGAGGGAAAAAGAAGAAAAACAAAAAUACUGCCAAACCCCAGAAAAAUAAUGGUUCAAAUUGGGCCAGUGUUCCCCUCCCACCCCCUCCUGUGCAGCCACUUCCAGGCACAGAGCUGGAACACUACGGGGUGGAUCAGCAAGAAGCAGGAUAUGACAGUGAUGGUUGGUGUCCGCCUUUGCCCGUUCAGACCUACCUCCAUCAGGGCAUGGAGGAUGAGCUUGAAGAAGAUGAUGAUCGUGUUCCCACACCUCCUGUGCGAGGAGUAGCUUCAUCACCUGCAAUCUCCUUUGGACAACAGUCAACUGCAACCCUCACACCUUCUCCACGAGAGGAGAUGCAGCCAAUGCUUCAAGCCCACCUUGAUGAAUUAACCAGGGCCUACCAGUUUGAUAUAGCAAAGCAGACAUGGCACAUCCAAAGCAAUACACAACCUCCUCAGGCUCCAGUUCCGCCUCUAGGAUAUGUAUCUGGAAACCUUAUUUCAGACUUGGAAACAGAUGUUCCAGAUGAUGAUGAGGAUGAUAUUGAAGAAGAAACUGUAGAAAUCAGCAGGCCACUGAGAGGUCUAGAGCAUACUCCAGGCUCCAGUAUGGACAAUCUAGACAGCUCUGUGACAGGUUCAAUGGUAAAUGGAUGGGGUUCUGCGUCUGAUGAGGACCGUAACUUUUCUAGUCAUAGAUCUAGUGUAGGUAGCUCCUCAGAUGACUCGAUCUUUACCAGCGGCAGUUUUGCACAAGCACUGGUUGCAGCAGCAGAUAAAGCUGGUUUUAGGCUGGAUGGAACCAGCCUGACAAGAGCAGGCAAAGCAUACCCUUCCUCUCAGAGGCCUCGGCCAAGCAGUCCUUUUUCUACUGACAGCAACACCAGUGGAGCUGUCAAUCAGAAUCAGAGGCCAAGGCCCACUAAAAAACACAAGGGAGGCCGGUUGGACCAACCCCCCUUGCCUCAUCGCAGGGAGGGAAUAACAGAUGAUCUUCCACCACCACCCGACCCGCCUCCUGGUCAGGGUUUAAGGCAGCAAAUAGUCCCUGGCCAGCGUGGAGGCUCGGCAGAGAGGAAAGGAAGCUCUCUUGAGAGGCAGCAUGCACCCAGCAUAGAUGACACAAAGAGCUCCUUGGACCGGCAAGCUAGGACGUCACUAGAGUGGCAGCGGCAAACCCAGGAGUGGAUAAGCUCCGCAGAUCGCCAAGAGGAUUUCAGGAAAGCCCAACACAAGCAAGCAUUCGGAUCAGAAGAGGCACUGGUACCGUAUAGUAAACCCAACUUCCCAUCCCCUGGUGGACACAGCUCUUCAGGAACAGCUUCUUCUAAAGGAUCGACCGGACCUAGAAAAGGUGAAGUCUUGCGAGGAGGUCACCAACGCAAUGCCAGUGACCUUCUUGAUAUAGGCUAUGUGGGAUCAAACAGUCAAGGACAGUUUACUGGUGAAUUAUAGUAGUUGAGAAGACACAUUGCAAGCUGCUCUGAUGGACCAUCAGGUCUGAACUCAUGGAAGUGAUGACACUAAACAGUGCAAUGAACAUUUUCUUUAUUUAUGUACUAUUAAAAGAACUGUAAAUGCAAUGUAAAGACACACAGCCACACAUAUCCCACAGAUAAUUUACUUGUGUUCUUCUCUUUAAUACACCAUUCACCUUAAACUAUUCCUUGUCAGGAGUAUAUAAAAAGAAAAAAAAAUCACCCUCCAGGAUGAAAAGGGUUUCCUUCUGUAUAUAAUUUCUUUUGUUGCAUUGCUAUGCAAGUUCACCUUCUUUUUAGCUAUGUUCAUAUUCAUGUCUGUUUUUAUUGGUCUGUUGUACUAUAUGUGAAUUAAUAGGCUGUGGUGCCAUAUAUUAACUUUUAAUUGUGUAACUUUUAUGUUUAAAGUUUGCACUGCAAUUUUAUUUGGUGAUAAGCACAAAACUUUACUCCUCAUGACAUGAAGAAAAAAAAGAGACUGAAUGUGUGAAGAAGGUUUACGUACUGUAAGCUACUUUGGAUAAUGCUGGAUGUAAAGGAGUAUGUUAGGUGGUUUUCCAUUGGGGUGUAGAAAUGAGAAAGUGACAGGCAAAACUGAUGUCAGUGAAGACAUCAGAGACCGAUUUAAAUCUUUUAAAAGCAGGCAACAUAGCUGCUCUUCCAAUUUAAGAAGGGGUCAAAAGUUAGAACUGUUUGUUUAAAGAGUGAAUAUGAAAAUUAACAGUAGCAUAAGGUGGCCUAGACCCUUUCACUAGAAUGAUACCCUUAGUAUCCAUUUUUAGCCAUCCAAUGCCGCUAAGUAAAGAGAAGAAAAACAAAUCUUGCUACAAACAAAAGAAACUAAGGUGUUUCACUAAAGCUGUUUUAUAUUGCAGUUUGGAAAGAAUUAUCAUUAAUUUCUGCAACCUAAAAUAAAAGUCAGAAAUUUCCCAGGAGUAACAAACUGUAUAAACUCAAGGAAUACCUAGUAAGUAGUUAAGGAUGCAAUUUUAUUAAGACUGCUUAUUAUUCAGGCUGCUUCCAAAAAAAUAAAUGUCAGAGUAUCUUAUUUGGUCUUUCCAAUACAUGUACAGUACGUUAGAGGAUAGAGCUGCACCACUGAAAUUCAUGACAUUAAUUGUUUUGAUGCAGUCUAGACAAACUUUCAUGUUCUUUUACCUGAAGUCUGUGAGAGCUGAAGCUGAAUUCACUAAAUUUUAGUGUUUGGAAGGAAAAUAACAGUCAAAUUAUUUUCAGCUUGCAUUAAAGAUAUUACUUGAGAUACAAUGCAUCCAAAAAGUUGGAUAUUAGCAAAGAAAAUCUUUGACCUUUUUUUUUUUUUUUUUUAUGAGUGGCUUCACACCCUACUAUGAUGAGGAAAUAAUGCAUGUUUAUACACUUUUUAAUAAACCAAACUCUGUAAGUGGACAUUAAUGACAGCAUCCUGUCUCUUCAAUAAUUUUCAUAACUUUGUCCAAAUCUUCUGUACCUCUCAAAUCUCAAUGAGAAAAUUGUCAACUUUUCUUAGAAUAUUGUAUGUGGGUAGCCCACUCAUUUGAUGCUUAAUUUAAAUAUUGCAUCCUACAGCUUAUUUCUGUUAGUUAUCUGACCAUAAACACUAGUUUCCAUUUGAAUACCUUUUUCGUAUAACCAGUCUAUGUUGUUUUAUAUAUUGCCUUGGAGCUCACCAGUAUUAAGGACACUUUUAGUAAUGGCAGAAUUUUAGAAAAGUAAAUUAAAAUGCUAAAUAUGUGUUGCUUUUCAUUUCAUUAACUUGUUCCAUGAUAAGAUAAAACACUACAGCCAUCAGCUAUAACUCAGCACUAUCAAAUAUAAAAAAAAAUGCUAGUUGACUUCCUUAAGGUCAAGAUCGUUAUUUAGCAAGUUACAAACCAAAAAAAAAAUAAAAAAGAGAAAAAAGAAUGCUUUAUCUCUAUAUGUGACCAAUAAGAAUAAGUAAUUUUCCUGCUUGUUAAGUCAUUAUAGUUAAAACCAUGGCUUAAAAAUGUGCAAAAAUGUUCAAGCAAGAUAAAGAAGGCAUCGUAUAUAAAUAUGAAUGAUUUUUUUACGUUGUUAUUAUCAUAUGAAGAGAAGAUUAUUCGGGGUACAAUUCAAAUUGAAUUCUCCUGAAAAUGUUUAACUAAGUAGAAUAUUUUUUCUGUCAAUUUGAAAGCUUGUGCUGAGCUUUGGUGGAACACCUUACUAUAUUCUAUUUAAAAUUCAGUAUCAUUAGACAUUGAUAAAGUCAUCCCAAUUACUUUCAAAUAUGUGUUUUAUCUCUUCCACUGGAAAGUAAAUGUGUGUCAGUAUUAAAGCUGUGCAGUACCAUGAUACUCACUAACUUGUCCAUCUGCUUCUGUACAUUUUUGUUCAUUAAUAAUUUGCUUACAAUAUUACAUGAGGUGUUGUUGUGUAUCUCAAAGUGUCUCCAUUAUCUUACAGGUGAUGUCUCUUCUUUUUUUCUCUCUCUCUUUUCUAUACAGUGUACUUCCAAUGAACCACAGUACAUAUUUUUUAAAAUGCCAUUUAAUUUACUAUUUUAAAAAAAGUAUUCUUUUUUUUUAAAAAAAAAUGAAAACAUUUAUUGUGAAUAAUGUGUUUAAAGAAAAGGGAUGUUGUGGCAGCACUUAGAAUUGUUUUUUUUAUUAUUAUUAUUUUUUUUAAAUACAAAACUGUUUAUUGGCUACAGUUGGUUCACAAAAAAGUAUGACCUCUUAAUGUGUUUCAUUGGUAUUGUUAGUGCAGCAAAGUUUAAUUGGCAUAAAAAGUUGGUUAAUAGUACUGUUGAAGUGUGUAUUGUAUAUUUACUGGGGAAAAAAUAAAACAUAUUCACAUUUCAAAUCUAUGUUAAAAGACCUUGAGUAAGGACUCAAUAUGUGAAAAUCCUAACUGGAAACAAUCAGGCAAUAAUAACAUAGACUGAGCUAUAAUCAUCAUUGUCCACUUACAGGUAACAAGGAUCAUUUUAUAACAUGUUUUCUGAACUAAGCUAAUCUUAUAAGUAGCCUGAUGGCAUCACCUGCCAUAGGGAUUUCUGAUGAAGAUUCUCUACGUUGAGAAUAGUUGUACCAAUGAAAUUGCACUGAUGCAGCUAUUCUAGUGAUACAUUUGCAUCUUUACUGUCAAUGUACUGUACAGUACAGUACUGUACAGUACAAGCUUACUUUGUUUAAAGCCCAUAAUGUAGUACACAUGUAAAAACCUGUGUUUAGCAGGUCUGAACCCCUUGUCUUGGGGUUUUGUAUUGGUGGAGCUACUGCCAACCCAGUACAGGGUGUCCACAGAAUGUGGCUAGGUGCUAGGUCAAUUUUUCUCAAUCUUUGCAUUGAAUAUAUGCUCAAUUUUUAAUGUGGGAGGGCUGAAGAGUAAAAUAAUAAAUUGUUACAUGUACUUCAGUGGUGUAUUGCUACCAUAUCAGUGAUGCAAACAGACUUUUUUGUUAUUUAAUAUUUCUCAAGUCCUUAUCCAAGUCAGUUAACCUUCUGAGUAACUUUUGGCUGUCACCUGAAAUUCCUUGGGAAAAAAAAAUACAAAAAAAAAAAAGAAAAAAAUACAAAAAAAAAAAAA